AUGCCAUCGCCUGUUACACAUGGACAAGAAAAGGCUGGAGAGACUGGUGAUCAAGAAAAUGGGAGAAUAGAUGGGGGGAAGAGUUUGCCCUUAAAGACUACCCUAUACAUGGCAAUUGCAGUAAUCUUGAGCCUGAUCCUGGCUUUAGCAGGCUGGCACUACAGAUUUACAGAUGAGGAAAGGCUACAGAAGAGCCCACUGAUGUCCAAUGAAGAAGAACCAGACAUGGUUCAUAAAGAUAUGGAAAAUCAAGAGAGAUCAAGCUCUCUGGAAUCGCUGGGGGACUGGUAUCUACUCAAGAACCAAAAGAGCAAGCCAACAGGCAGGCAAUUCUAUGAAUCCCACCACCUUCACCCCUACUAA